CGACGCCCGCCGGCAACAGCAGCAACAGCAGCAACCGCAGCAGUUGUAGCCGAGUCCAAGGAAAAGCCGCGGCGCUGUAGCCGCAGAAAAUGGCCGCAGCAGCAACAACAACAACAGCAGCAGCAGCAAUAAGUGCCACAGCAACCACUCAAGCAAGAGCAACUGCAACAGCAUAUUGAGCGAAUGAAUGAAAGCGGCGACAGCUGCGACGGCUGCGCGGACUGCUGAAGAUGUUGAUGAAGAUGAAGACGAAGAUGCCGAGCAGCCUGAAGUGCAACACGACAAUGCCAAGUGCCAACAGCAACAGCAACAGCAACAGCAACAGCAGCAACAGUUGCAGCGAAAUCAAAACUAAAUUUACAUAAGAAAACAAGAAAGCACAAGCCAAGCACAAAGCAUAAUCAAAAUAACAGCAACAGCAACAACAACAGCAACAGCAGCAACA